AUGCAUUGCCUUUUUUUCUUUUUGAUUGCUUUUGUGUUUGUGGCUGGUAUUCUUCCAAUUAAGGUUUCGGCUCAGGCCCCACCAUCAGACACGGUUUUAAGAUAUGAACCCCACCGAAAAGACAACGAGACGAAGCCGGCCCUGUCCUUUAAAUCAACUCAACUACUGCACCAUUGCCAGCAACGGGAAAAAAAUCAUCAAAAAUUAUCAAAUGUCAAUGGCAGCAACCUUCAAUUUCACUUUUCAGAUUGUGGGAAUAACACUUCAAUUAUUAAGUUUUUGAAUUUGGAAGUUUGCCCUGAUCCUGUUUUGACCCCAGGACAGAUCGCUAUAACUUUUAAAAUUCAAUUUAAGAAGACAAUUGUUGAUAAGCUUCGUGCUGAUGUAAAACUGACAAAGAAAGUUGCUGGAGUACACGUUAAAAUUCCGUGUAUUGCAUCAGUUGGCUCUUGUGUUUAUGACAACAUCUGUAAUAAGCUGGCAUUAAUAAAACAUUGUCCCAAGCCACUUGUGGAACAUGGCUUCAAUUGCAAAUGCCCAUUUAAACAAGGCAUCAUUUCAAUUCCGUGGCUCAAAUUCAGUAUUUCAAGAAACAUUGUACCUUCUGGUCAAUAUGGUCUCCAUUUACAGCUGUAUCACAUGAAUGCUCUUGCUGGUUGCUUUAAACUAAACCUUAGUUUCAGCAAGCCUUAA